UUCGCUGUUUGCGAGCGCGGUACAAGGUUAGAGAAUUAAAUUUUACAGUCUUAUAGAUUUUGUUGCAAGGUAUUUUAAGUAAUAAUGUAUCGACAACAAGCUUUCGUUUUGUGUUCUGCUUUUCUUCUCGCUUUGUUUAUAGGCAAAGGAUCAGCAGCCCAGUGCUACCAAUGCACUACAACUUCUGCGGGGCCAACUCCAGGUUGUGUUACGGGAGCUCUUUCGGCCACUAACCAACUGCAAUGUCCCUCUGGGCAGGAUCAUUGCCUGACAUCUACAACAUACACGACCCUUCUUGGAGUAUCAACGGUGACAACUGUACGUGCGUGUAGUGCGGCUGCUCUUCCCAGCACAACUUGCUUGAACUUGGGAGCAAUCGGUAUUUCCUUUACUUCGACAUGUUCAACAGAUAACUGCAAUACUGGUGACAACGCUAACACUGGAGUAUGCGGCUCUGCUGUAAAGAUUGCUGGCGGUUAUAGCUUCAUAGCACUAUCUAUGCUGGCUGCUUUACUUGCAGUUCAAAAUCUUAUGUAAACAAACCAACCAAGUCCAAACAAAUACAUUUUUAUUGUAGUGUAAUAUUUUGUACUCUGUAUAAUUCUGAACUCGCAAUUCAAUUGUAAAUUUGCUAAUAAACAAGUUAAUUAGACC